CGUCUUUGCGGGAGCUGGGCAUCUUUUCCAUCUGAGCGGAUGGUGAUUUGCGUCAGAGGUAUUAAUCUCGUAAAGUGCGGAACUUGAUGUAACGGAAGGAUACCUAUGCUUUUGCCUCAGAUAAUGGGGAGUCGACUGCUCCAACGACGUUGGUACUCGAGGACAAAGUGUUUUUGGGCAUGGUCAGUACAGUAGAAGGCUUAAACACUCUUGCUUUUUACACCCAGAAAACCACUUCAGGUACAUGUAUUCGGUGUUCUCCUUCUUUGUGUUCUUGUUGCCUUGAAGUGAAACUCGUCGGGUCAGCAGUCGGUGGCGUGGAAUCAAAAGCUCGCCUAGAACCAUGGGGGCCUCCUACAUGCAAGCCCUGCUUGCUCAGCUGCUCAAGGCCCUGUCCCUCGGCCAGUCCUCCGGCGCUGAGUGCUACAAGUGCGGCGAGGUCGGCCACAUUGCCCGCAACUGCUCCAAGGGCGGUGCGCCGCCAGGUCGUCCUCUCAAAAUCACAUCACCACUCACCUCAGAUACUCGUCUAAAGCAACGUGACAAGAGGCAGUCACGCGCUCCAUGGACGGCCAGGAGACGCAGAGUCGGUGUCGACAAGGCCUCUGACCGACCGCGCCGGCCAGGAGCACCUCUACACUCUCUUCUACCACCCUUCCGUGCGGGAACCGUGGCUCGUCAACCAGUAUAUCCCGGCUCCUUCCACGCCGACGCAGAGUUCGUGUCGACAAGGCCUCUGACCAACCGCGCCGGCCAGGAGUUCGACGGACGCAGAGUUCGCGUCGACAAGGCCUCUGACCGACAUUACUGGGAAUCUGGGGAUCGAGAAAACCGUACAGGAUAA